AACACUGACUCUUGAAUCAUAUGGAUUCUGCCAAUGUGAAUAUAGUCAGCUAGUCAUUAGCAACCAUUUAUUAGAAAUAUGUUCGUUUGUUAUUAAGAUUGUAGUAAAUGUUGGAGAUUAGAAUGUCAUGGUGCAACAAAUAAAAUACACUUUGGUAGCUGUUGAUAGAAAACAUCCAAGCUUUUCAUAGUGGGCACUUUUAGAAAACCCUAAGUUCUUCCACUUGCAGACCUGACAUGCUGUAUAAACAUCUGACAGAAUAUGUUCAUGUAGGUUUUUAUAAAUUACUAAACCAGCCUUCUGGUAAUUUGGGGUGCAAAUGCCAAACAUGUGAGUUAUUUCAGGUUAUUUUUCAUUAACUCACAGAACCAUACUGAAUGGGUGUUUCAAAAGUCAGAGUUGAAGAGGUCAUGCAACUGGGUGAAGAAAUGAAGACAAGUGACUUCUCGGUGAAUUUUAAUAGAAGGUUUCCUUUGCCUGAUCUGUAAACAUGUCCACAGACCUGCUCUGGUGUGAGGAUUGCGGUAAAAGCCUUAUAGGAGAAUGCAAACUCCACGGACCACUCAUCAGGGCUAAAGAUAGGGUUAUUCCCAGCCGAGCCCGUCUCACCCUGCCUCACUACCUCACUUUGCGAGUGUUGGAGCUGAGAGCUGGAAACCAACAGAUCCUUGGUGUAUUUGCAAAGAAAGUAAUACAGAAGAGAACACAAUUUGGCCCUUAUGUUGGUCAACUGUCUACAAAACUGACCUGUUAUGAUGAGAGCAGGCUAGUCCUGCAGGUAUUGAAAGAUGGAGGGAAGUACUUUCUGGACACUCCCAAUGAGGACUGUGGAAACUGGAUGAUGUUUGUUCGGCUAGCCCGGAACCAAGAAGAACAGACCCUUGUGGCUUAUCAGCACUGUGGAGAAGUCUACUUCACAACAGUUAAGCCUAUUGAACCGCACACAGAAUUGAAAGUAUGGUAUGCUGCCGAUUAUGCCAAAUUUAUGGAAGCUUCUGCAGUCUUCAUUAAAGAAGAAUCAGAUGUCUCUCCUUUGCCUUCAGUAGCAAAAGAGCCUGUAGACCCUUGGAUAUGCUCCAGCUGUGGAAGCAGUUUUUCAACUUUUGCUCUGCUGGAAUCUCACCAGUGCAUCCAUAAAGACCGAGUCCUUCCUACGAGGUUCAGACCACCAAAUAAGUUGGGACCUGUAAAAGCAAAAAGCAAACUCAAAGGGAAACUGAGAGGAGCAUCAUUAGGCAAAAGCAUUACUCAGUGCUUUGGGACCAUUUCCUGUUCCUCUGCUGCAAAGUUCAGCUGUGCCAGCUCAGGAAGCACUUGUGGUGCUCUCGUGAGGUUUAUACCUAAAUGGAGAAAUGGUCGGUCUUCACUGCUGAAGGGAAAAGAAGUGAAGCAGCCAGAUAGUUAUCCCUGCCGACUCUGUGGGAAGAUAUUUGAUUCCAUUGACAAGCUCACGGUCCACGCUUAUGCGCACAAAGGGGAGCGUCCCUACAAGUGCUCACAGCACGGAUGCACAAAAGCCUUCAUUUCCAAAUAUAAACUGCUCAGGCAUUCGGCCACUCAUUCUCCACAGAAAUCUCACCAGUGUGGGUACUGUGAAAAGACGUUUCACAGGAAAGACCAUCUAAAGAAUCACCUACAGACCCAUGACCCCAACAAGAUGGCCUUCAAGUGUGAAGAGUGUGGCAAGAAGUACAACACCAAGCUAGGCUAUAAGAGACACUUGGCUCUUCAUGCUGCCACCAGCGGGGACCUCACCUGUAGGGUGUGUGCCCAAGAGUUUGGUGGUACUGAGGUUCUGUUGGAGCACCUCAAAAGUCACGCAGGGAAACCGACUGGCAACAUGAAGGAAAAGAAACAUAAGUGUGACCACUGUGAGCGUCACUUCUAUACCCGUAAAGAUGUGCGACGUCACAUGGUGGUUCACACAGGCUGCAAAGACUUCCUGUGCCAGUUCUGUGCCCAAAGGUUUGGGCGGAAGGACCACUUGACACGCCAUACUAGGAAGACUCAUCCACAAGAACUGCUGAAGAGCAGGUUGCAGAAUGGUGACUCAGUGGGUCUCCUUGACCAGCUCUUUUCAUACAGACUGAAGGAAGAUGCCAGCAUGCUGUCCCCUCUUCCUGAAAGUGUCCCUGUGCCAAAUGGGAUUGUGAAUAGUUCAGAAACAGAGGAAUACAGCUGUUCCCAUCUUCAUUCCCAGCCAACCUUACAAACUGCUCUUCCUCUUGAGUCUUCUUCUCCUCACUUGCAAAGGAUGGGCUGUGCAGACAGCAUCCCAGCUGUCCCUCCCACACCAUGUUCAGCAGCUGUCCCUAUUAACCUGAACCUUCAUCAGCCCAACAAAUAUGACCUUAGUUCUACCUCAUUUGCCGCAGGAUCCCUCAAGAAUCUGCCAAUAAAAGUGGAUGUUAAAGGUUACAAUGUGCAUCUUCUCGAGGACCUGCCUUUACCAGAACCUCAGUCUCUCCACAAAAUCAGUAUGGAGGAAGCUUCCUCAGGGCCUGUAGGGGAUAUUAACAAGUAUCCAGUGCACAAAGAGACAGAGGCAGCAGCUGAAACUGCAAGCCUGCCUUUCAUGGAUCUCACUCAUGUGAUGGGUUUCUGGCAGCUCCCACCAGGUGACAACCAGAACACUAUUGGGGACAUGACAAUGACAUUUGGCUCAGAGGAACCAUCACACAGGCUGAAUGGCCUCAGCCCACAGCAAGGUCUUCAGCUAGCAACUGGUGGGAUGGCCAUAAACCAGCUGCAUCAUCUUCCUCGCUCCUUUCCAUCCACUACAAAUUCUGUAACAUUGCCUCACUUUCACCAUGCCUUCAAGUAACCAUCACCCUGUGUGGGUUUUUUCUCUUUUUUUUAAAAGACUGUGCUUCUCCUUACUUAAAUCUGUUAGGACUGGGGUGGUUUUGUUUUUGUUUUGUUUUGAAGAAGAACUGCCCCAGAUGUUUUCAAAGCAUGUUAUGAACAUGGUAGUUAAAUUCAGGAUGUUAAUAAACAAGAAGCUCUAUUUUUCAUACUAUUAGUUUUUUAGCAUAUGACAACAGUAGAACUAACAUAUUUCCCUCAUCUCCCUCUAUAUUUUUUGUUUCUUUUCAUGCAAACAACUGAAUAACUAUCUUCAAUGACAGCAAAGUAUCAUAACAGGCACAAUAAAACUGUGGCUGCUGCAACAGGAGAAAUAUGGUUAGGGUGAAUGGGAAGAGGGGGGAAAUCACAAAGAAAUCAAUUUAAUGAACCAUAAAUCACAGCAAAUUUGUACACAUGGCAAAUGUAACAAACGAUUUAUCAACAUCAGAUAGAUUUUUGUUAAGCACUUCAUUAAUGAACUUUAUUAAUCCUUAAUUUAAAUCAGAAUCAUUCCAAGAGUAAAUCUUAUAUCCUUGUUUCACUUUCUUCAAUGAAGAUCAUCACUAUUAUGAUUAUGUUAAACCAGAUUUUGUUUUCUGGUGGGCAGUUCAGCUGUGUGCCUGUGCUGCCUUUUUCCUAGGGCUGGAAAUAACUACCACUUCUGAAUGACUGUGUAAGAACUGCUGUCUUGGAUACAUGCAGUUCUCAGAAUGGGAAGUGAAUUGUCUCAAGUUAGACCAAAACAUUAAUUUUCAUUUAGAGCUGGAUCUGUCCAGACACCAGACACUUCCCUGUCUCUGUCUCUCUCUCUCUCUCUCUCUCUUGUAAAGCACUUGAGCAUUUCCUUAAAUUUAAGCUUACAGUAUCCCAUUGGGUCAACAGCUUGAUUAAUUUAACACUUAAUAAAAAAUAAUGCAUCUA